GACCAGCGAUAUUGUUAUUCGAUUAGCUAGCUGCAUGGUGCAGUUCCUUGAUAAGUUCGAUGUAUCGCACAGACCAUUUGCCAAUGUCUGGUUUUGAGAGCAGUUUGGCAGUGCUGAUACUAUUACACAGAAUAGCUUUUCCUCCAAUCCUCCACACAUUUUCACCAAGCGGAAGCAAAGCAUACUGACGGAUACUUCGUACAUCCGGCGCAAUGCCUCGUUUUCUUGUUUGAGAAUCCUCUCCAGACAAUAAGAGUACAUCCCGAAGCAAGAAAGGAGCCGAAUAAUAUGGACUGAAAUAGCAAUCAUUUUAUGGGGUAGGAUAUAAACACGAAUUGUGUACCAAGUACAGCUGUAACAGAUGCCAUUUGCGGCCCUCAAAGCCUCCCGACACAAGAAUUCCACCUAUCCCUCGCGAGACCUCGUAGGGCCUCCAAACGCCAUGCGCAUCGUAAUCGUCUCUGUGUGUAUGUUCUGUUCUGUUCUUCGUGCCAAUGGCUGUCAUUGGGCAAAUCGUGUCCUCCAAACUCGUGUCUGUAAAGCAAAGACUCGUUACGACGACUCGCUCGACUUCAAAUCCGCAAUCCAUAAUCAUCUCUGAUGCGGGUCAUGAUCAUACAUGUCGUUGAAAUGAAUCGUCAACAGACCGAAUCAUGAAGAAUAAACAAAAAAAAGGAAGAAAAAAAAAGGCCGUAGAAAAUUGUCGGGGAUCGUCAUUACGGUGACCAGCCGAGGAAAGCAAAAAAGAAAGAAAAAAGAAAAAAAAAAAA